UAUAGUCCAAUGGUAGCCAAGUAGAUCGAAAUCGUUUGAUAUUUCAAGCUUUGAUUUAAUCAAAAUAAAAAUGGAUAAUUAAUAAUUAAUAAUUAUUUAUAUCGAGGAAAAUUGUUCUGCUAAAUCUAAAACUCAAAAGGGCCACCCACUUCUCUAACUCGAGGCAUCAAAAAGCGCUUUUCUGAAGCUGCCCUCCAGACGAGAGAAUCCCUCAAAAGGCCCUAUUUUCCUUUGCCACUCUCAAUCCUCGCAGAUUUUGUAGCCUGUGCGUGGGCUGGACUGGUAGCAAAUAUCGGGAAAUUUCCCCAAAAAUCGGUAAAAAUACCGAUAAAUACUGAAAUAUCGGCGAUAUUUCUGAAAAUUACCGAAAUUUCUGUCGACCGAUAAUCGGUGACGAAAAUCGCGUCGGAUCAUUUUGUAGCCUGUGCGUGGGCUGGACUGGUAGGAAAUAUCGGGAAAUUGCCCGAAAAAUCAGUAAAAUCCGGCCGAUGAGCGAAUUUCGGAGAAAUAUUGCCGAUAUUUCAAACACUGCUCAUACCUCUCUCCUUCAUUCUCCUCCUCCAUCGCUCUCUAUCCGAGACUACACAGUAGGAAAGACGCUCCACUUUCAUUCGACAUGUUGAUCUGAUCGAAGCCCCGCUGCUGCAUUUCCAACUGUCUGAGAUACAUUUCUUCUCUAUUUUCUCUCUUGAUCUAGUUUUCUCAAGUUCACAAAAGAGGCUGUGGGCUAUUUUGGAGAAAGUAGGAAGGAAGUGAACGGCAAUCAGCUCAGCUCCUGCCACAUCCGGUUCAUCUCUGUCUGCCGGCUCACUGCUCCUCGUCCGCCAGUUUUUCAAUUAUCUGUCGACUGCGAAUUAUUCAGCUCCAGUUGUAGCUAAAAUCAUAGUUGGAGCCAAAUUUGUCAGGCGCCUAGUUGAAUAAAUUGGUGGGAGUGAUUGGAGAUGAUUUGAUAAAUUGAAUCAACAAUGUCUAGUGUGAGAGCAUGGUGGAAAUUAGUUGCAGAUUAUCGAUUUCUAAAAACCAUAAGCUGCAUUUAACAAUAAAAGAUCACUGCAUAUACUAUGGCUGCUUCUGCAAAAACUAUCACCCUUGAAAGUUCUGAUGCCAUUAGUGAUUGGACUGUUGUUUUACCUCGUCGUGGUAAGCGGAGAAGAAAUUUCCUCAAGAGCAAGCAUCCUGAACAACAUCAACAACCAUGGGCACCAACUGAUCUUGAAAUGGAUCUUCAUAGAGAAUCAAAACUGAUGCAGAAGAUCCAGAUCUGCAUAAGGAAACUUGGAAACUCUACAUUUUAUCAUGUCCUUUUGGAUCAAGUCCAAACUCCUCACAUGUUGGAGGCUUUUCUCAGGGUUCUGGGAUCUGAAUUAAAGAUGCAGAUGGUGGUAUAUGGUAUAGGCAGCAUCGAAUCAUAUGAACCCCCUCGAUUGCAGCUUAGCCUGGCAAUCUUGCUGAAAAGAAAGUUCAGUUGGAUUGGGGACAUCAAGGUAUUUGAUCCAAUUCUUUCUGCGACGGAGUCGAGAGUGUUGGAAGCCCUGGGUUGUUCUGUUCUAUCAGUCAAUGAACAAGGUCGGCGACAAGCUUCAAAGCCUACGCUGUUCUUCAUGCCACACUGUGAGGCAGAGUUAUAUGAUAAUCUUCUACAGGAAAAUUGGAGAACAGAGCGUAUGAAUAAUAUUGUGUUGUUUGGAAACAGCUUUGGGACAUAUGAACAGCAUGUAUCAGAGUUUAGGAGCUCAACACUUGUUGAUUCCUCGAGGCAUAUCUUGGCUGUUCGAAAGUUCACGCGUGAAUUUGCAAUCAAGACAGUUUCAGAUGAUUAUUUUGGAGCCUUUCAUGAUUCAAGCUGGCAUUUCUUCAGCCUUGUUGCUUGAACAGCUGUGCAGUUCACAAGCAAGACUGAAUGAUGAUUGAAAACGAUCUGAUUUUUAAUCUUUCAUUGCAUUUAAAACAAGUUUACUGUUCUCUUAGUACCUGAAACAACCCCCAUAACAUUAUUUCAAAGUCUGUAUUAUCAGUAAUAAUCUCUCGGAGAUGCCUCCAAUUUCUCUUUA